CCCCCAGUGUCUCACCUGCUACUGCCUUGUUAGAACGACCACAGCCCUCCUCCUCUCACCUCCCUGCUUUUGCGCCACGGCUUGAGUAUGUUAAGCUUAUGUUCCAGGAUAACCCGGGAGUGGAUAUCAAGCUGCGAUGGCUGGCAGAGGUGAAUCGGGUGUUUGGUCUUGAUCGCACCUUGGCAGGAGGUCAAAAUGUCUGCGGUCACCUCACGUUUCGUUAACAUCUCUAGGAAGCGUCCAGACAUUGUCCAGAGGGUGAUGGCUGGUGAGUUUUUGGCGCUACCACUGGUGGAGCAAGAUUCUCCGGAAAGGCCACGUAAGUUCCCGAGCUACCUCAUCACUCGCUACCCUGUGGAGGUCAACCCGUCCCUCAGUAAGGAGCUACCAGGAGUCUACAGUGCCCGACGAUUUUACCAGAACGGUAAGCCACUAAACCGUAUCAUUGUUACAUGGAGUCUCCUGGAGCAACCACCACAGACCUUUGACUUCAGCUUUCUCCCAUCGUUGCCGUCUUCCGAGAUACGUAGGCUGCUCAAUGAUUCUCCUACAUGCUACAGGUGUUGGGGGAUAGGGCACAUCUCCCGUUACUGCUCGGCGGAGGAGAAGUGUGCUUGGUGCUCUGGACCACAUGACUCGCGUUCCUGCCGUUACCGAUGGUCACAUCAGCCCCAUGCGAGUGAUGCCGCCGCUACCCCUCCAUCUGAUGACGUCACCUCUAACUGGCGCUGCCCUCGCUGCCUCAAGCAGGGAGUCAGUGUUUGGCACGGCUGUUCGAGACGACCAACUUCUGCCUCUCAUCAGCUAGUGACGCCUCCAUCCCUACCACCGAAGUCUUCUGCUUCCAUUUCAUCAUCUCCUUCCCUACAGGUGUUGGCUCUACGGCAGGCUGUUAAUGACCUGAAGACCCGCUGUGCCUCCCUCGAGUCGCGUCUGGAUGCCAUUGAGGCUACACUGCACAAUCUUGUUGUUGGUCACGCCUCUACAGAGGCGACACUGGAUUUCCUAGUAGAGUCUCAUCAAACUAUACUCUCCACGCUCUCGUCCUUCACUCAACGGUUUGACGACUUCGCUGCUCGCUUGGGUGAGUUGAAUGGGCCUCCUCCUUCUCGUGUUGCUGCUCGGAUUAAAUCUUCCUCCUCAAGUUGCCGUUCUCCAAAGCGAAAUGUUCGAUAGUCGGGCUCCUUUGCUCAUUCUCUCUUGGAAUGCGUGUGGUGUGACCACCUUCGACAAGCUGGCAGCCCUUCAGGCUUAUGUGCUACGUUACCAUUCCCAAGUUGUCUUUAUACAGGAAGCUUUCAUUGGCCAUCGUGACCAUCCAGACGCUCCUCCUCUACCAGGAUACGUGUCUUACGUACACAGGGUACGGCACGGUCUACUUACUUACAUGCAUUCAUCUCUUCCACACAAGCUCCUUCGAUGCUCCACU